AUGGCACCUUCCUUCGUGGCUCAACACAACCUCCGCUGCGAAAGAAGGCCAACGCGCGGGCCCUCCGUCCUUUUUUCUUCCCCCUCCCCCUUCGCAUGUCAUCUCUGUUGUCCUGCUGUCGGCAAAACCCGCCGUAUCUUGCCGCUGAGCUCGCGCUACCCCGUGGGGGGCGGAGCUUCCGAGGAGGGGCCGCUGCUGCCCCCAGUCCGGUGCGCCUCCCGCUGCUUGGCCGCCCACGCCGCCAUGUACGCGCAGGCGUCCUCCGGCUUCUCUCGGAGGACGUCGGCGACGAGCCGCUCAAGAAUGCCGCGGACGUUGUGCGAGUGCAGGUACGCCUGA